GGCAGCGGCGGCGGCGGCGCGAUGCCGGCGGCGGCCGGGGGGCUGCUGUGGUGGAGCUGCUGCGUGCUGGCGGCGGCGGCCGGGGCCCCGCGGGCCGCCGCGGCGGCGCAGGCAGUGUGUGCCGGCACUGAGAACAAGCUGAGCUCCCUCUCUGACCUGGAGCAGCAGUAUCGGGCCCUACGCAAGUACUAUGAGAACUGUGAGGUAGUUAUGGGCAACCUGGAAAUCACCAGCAUUGAGCACAACCGAGACCUCUCCUUCCUGCGGUCUAUCCGAGAAGUCACAGGCUACGUUUUGGUGGCUUUGAAUCAGUUUGAAUACCUGCCAUUGGAGAACCUGCGCAUUGUUCGUGGGACCAAACUCUAUGAAGAGCGAUAUGCUUUGGCGAUAUUUCUUAACUACAGAAAGGAUGGUAACUUCGGACUCAGGGAACUUGGCUUGAAGAACUUGACUGAAAUACUGAAUGGAGGGGUGUAUGUUGGCCAGAACAAAUUCCUUUGCUUCGCAGACACCAUUCAUUGGCAGGAUAUCGUGCGUAACCCCUGGGCCUCCAACUUCACUUUGGUUCCAACGAAUGGCAGCUCAGGAUGUGGCCGAUGCCACAAGUCCUGCACAGGCCGAUGCUGGGGACCCACAGAGAAUCACUGCCAGACCUUAACAAAGACAGUGUGUGCAGAGCAGUGUGAUGGACGGUGCUAUGGGCCCUACGUCAGCGACUGCUGCCACCGGGAAUGCGCUGGAGGCUGUUCUGGACCUAAAGACACUGAUUGCUUUGCCUGUAUGAAUUUCAAUGAUAGUGGUGCAUGUGUCACGCAGUGCCCCCAGACUUUUGUAUACAAUCCUACCACCUUCCAGCUGGAGCAUAAUCACAAUGCCAAGUACACCUAUGGGGCUUUUUGCGUCAAAAAGUGCCCACACAACUUCGUGGUAGAUUCCAGCUCUUGUGUCCGUGCAUGUCCAAGCUCCAAGAUGGAGGUUGAAGAAAAUGGUAUUAAGAUGUGCAAGCCCUGCACUGACAUUUGUCCUAAAGCAUGUGAUGGCAUUGGAACAGGGAGUUUAGUGUCGGCUCAGACAGUGGAUUCCAGCAACAUUGACAAGUUCAUAAACUGUACUAAGAUCAAUGGCAACCUUAUCUUCCUUGUUACUGGGAUUCAUGGGGACCCAUAUCACACAAUCGCUGCAAUCAAUCCAGAGAAAUUAAAUAUCUUCCAAACAGUGAGAGAGAUAACAGGGUAUUUGAACAUACAGUCAUGGCCUGAGAAUAUGACAGAUUUCAGGGUCUUUUCUAACUUGGUUACCAUCGGUGGAAGAGCUCUCUAUAGUGGCCUUUCCUUACUCAUCCUAAAGCAACAAGGCAUUACCUCUCUGCAGUUUCAGUCCCUGAAGCAAAUCAGUGCUGGCAAUAUCUACAUAACAGACAACAGCAAUUUGUGCUACUACCACACUGUCAAUUGGACCAGCCUCUUCAGCACACCCAGUCAAAAGACGGUGAUUCAUCGAAAUAAAAAGGCAGAGAACUGCACUGCUGAUGGAAUGGUGUGUAAUGAGUUAUGCUCAAGUGAUGGCUGUUGGGGGCCAGGCCCAGACCAGUGUCUCUCCUGCAAGCGCUUCAUCAGGGGAAGGACCUGCAUAGACUCUUGUAACCUCUAUGAUGGGGAAUUUCGAGAAUUUGCAAAUGGUUCUGUCUGCAUGGAGUGUGAUCCCCAGUGUGAAAAGAUGGAAGAAAACAUGAUCACGUGCUAUGGGCCGGGACCUGACCACUGCACAAAGUGUUUCCAUUUUAAGGAUGGUCCAAAUUGUGUGGAAAAAUGUCCCGAUGGUUUACAGGGGGCCAACAGCUUCAUUUUCAAAUAUGCUGAUGAGGAUCGUGAGUGCCAUCCAUGUCAUCCAAACUGCACCCAAGGGUGUAGAGGUCCCGCUAGUCAUGACUGCAUUUACUAUCCAUGGACACGACAGUCCACUUUACCACAACAUGCUAGAACCCCUCUGAUUGCUGCGGGAGUUAUUGGUGGCCUCUUCAUCAUCGUCAUUGUGGGCCUGACAUUUGCUGUGUAUGUUCGGCGCAAAAGCAUUAAAAAGAAGAGAGCAUUGAGAAGAUUCCUGGAGACUGAGCUUGUGGAACCCUUGACUCCAAGUGGCACGGCACCCAACCAAGCACAGCUUCGUAUUCUGAAGGAAACUGAGCUGAAAAGAGUCAAGGUUCUUGGCUCUGGAGCCUUUGGAACUGUAUACAAGGGCAUUUGGGUCCCCGAGGGAGAAACUGUAAAGAUUCCUGUGGCCAUUAAAAUCCUUAAUGAAACCACUGGUCCGAAAGCCAAUGUGGAGUUUAUGGAUGAAGCUCUUAUCAUGGCCAGCAUGGACCACCCGCACCUGGUGAGACUCCUGGGUGUCUGCUUGAGCCCGACCAUUCAGCUAGUCACUCAGCUGAUGCCUCAUGGCUGCCUGUUGGAUUAUGUCCAUGAACAUAAGGACAAUAUUGGCUCCCAGCUUCUGCUAAACUGGUGUGUCCAAAUAGCUAAGGGAAUGAUGUACCUGGAAGAGAGGAGACUUGUCCACCGGGACUUGGCAGCCCGUAAUGUUUUGGUGAAAUCACCAAACCACGUGAAGAUCACUGACUUUGGCUUAGCCAGGCUUUUGGAAGGGGAUGAGAAGGAGUAUAAUGCUGAUGGAGGGAAGAUGCCAAUUAAGUGGAUGGCUCUGGAGUGCAUACACUACAGGAAGUUUACCCAUCAGAGUGAUGUUUGGAGCUAUGGAGUCACUAUCUGGGAGCUUAUGACCUUUGGUGGGAAGCCGUAUGAUGGAAUCCCAACUCGAGAGAUCCCCGACCUCUUGGAGAAAGGAGAGCGGUUGCCCCAACCUCCAAUUUGCACUAUUGAUGUUUAUAUGGUGAUGGUGAAGUGCUGGAUGAUUGAUGCUGACAGUCGACCAAAAUUCAAGGAGCUAGCUGCUGAAUUCUCUAGAAUGGCUCGAGACCCUCAGAGAUACCUGGUAAUUCAGGGAGAUGAUCGUAUGAAGCUCCCAAGCCCAAACGACAGCAAGUUCUUCCAAAACCUUCUCGAUGAGGAAGACCUGGAAGAUAUGAUGGAUGCUGAAGAGUAUCUUGUUCCUCAAGCCUUCAACAUCCCUCCUCCCAUCUACACCUCCAGGACAAGAAUUGAUUCCAACAGGAGUGAAAUUGGACACAGCCCUCCUCCUGCCUACACCCCUAUGUCAGGAAACCAGUUUGUGUAUAGAGAUGGUGGCUAUGCUGCAGAAGUGCCGAUGCCAUACAGAGCUCCUGGCUGCAUAAUACCAGAAGCCCCCGUUGCUCAAGGGGCCACAGCAGAGAUCUUUGAAGAUACUUGCUGUAAUGGCACACUACGAAAACAGGUGGCAACCCUGACAAAAGAGGACAGCAGCACUCAGAGGUACAGCGCUGAUCCCACGGUCUUCAUACCCGAGCGGGUCAUCCGGGGAGAGCUGGAUGAGGACGGGUACAUGACACCAAUGCGAGACAAACCUAAAACAGAUUACCUAAACCCAGUGGAAGAGAACCCAUUUGUUUCCCGACGAAAGAAUGGAGAUCUCCAAGCUGUGGACAACCCAGAGUACCACAACGCUCCGAAUGGGCAGCCCAAAGCAGAGGAUGAGUACAUAAAUGAGCCAUUGUACCUCAACACUUUUGCAAACACCUUGGAAAAUGCUGAGUACCUGAAGAACAAUUUGCCAGAGAAAGCCAAGAAGGCCUUUGACAACCCAGACUACUGGAAUCACAGCCUGCCCCCACGAAGCACCCUCCAGCACCCGGACUACCUGCAAGAGUACAGCACAAAAUACUUUUACAAACAGAAUGGACGGAUCCGGCCCAUUGUGGCAGAGAAUCCUGAAUACCUCUCUGAGUUCUCCCUGAAGCCUGGCACUGUGCUGCCCCCACCACCCUACAGACACCGAAAUACCGUGGUGUAGUGACCAUGGUCUUAUGGAAGUGGAAAGGCAACCCCUUCUAGCUGCCUCACUCUUUCUCUCUCGCUCCCCUUUUCUCUCUCUCCCCUCCUUCCCUUUCUUUCUCCAUGAGCUUCCUCUUCUUGCCAGUUCACUCAUUUUUGAUAUUUCCAAGUGAAAGAAUGUCUUGGAGUCGUUUGCAGAUUGGGUUGGGAACCUGGAAGGAAAGAAGGAAAGAAGGAAAGAAAGAGACUGGAAGAAGGUGUGUACAACCUGGCCUUUCUCACUUUCCACAGAUCCAGAGUGUUGGAUGGUCAGAGAAGCCAGACAGUACCAGUAAAGGCCAGUGGCAGUGUUGCCUGCUGCCAAGCUAGUCCUCAGUGAUUGAACCCAGACACUGUAGGGAAGCCACAGAAAGGCUGUUUCUUUCAGCAGGAACUGAUGAGAGUCUGUACAGCAUUCCUGGAAGCCUCAAUGCAGUUUCCAUUAGGGGAAAAAUGGACAAUUUUUAUAUCGUGUGAUAGCAUAGUAAUUGGGGUUGAAAAUCCAAUUUCUUUCUCUAACACUUUCUAUCCCAGCAACUGAGAGAGAAUGGCUAACGUGGCUUUUCAUAAUCGUUCAGAUCUUCAUCGUGGCUUUCCAAGAAAUGAUGACGUGACUCUAAUAUACGGCUAAACUCUUUUUCUGGGCCACACCAUGAUUUUGUGCCAGUUCCUAACUGCAGAGACCCCAGCUCAGAACUGGUACAUGACACGACCAUUUUUGUAUAUGUGCCAACAUGACAAACACUUUAAACACAAAAACCCUUUCAGAAGAGGGUAACAAAACCACACCUCAAACACAUUCUUUUUGAGGCUAAAAGACAGGCCAAGAAACCAAGAUUUGUAUGCAAAAAUCUUUGCUUUCCUGUUUUAUAUCUGCUGGCUAUAUAGAUACAUAAAAAGACCCAAACAAAUUCUUCCCUCUUUUUCUUCUUCUUGAUCAGGAAGGGAGUUGGGGAUGCUGUCAGGCAACACUGAGGACAAGAUGGAGAACUGGAGAGUUUGAUAUGGGUCAUGAAGUCUGCUGGCAUUCUGUGGGGUGGUGGUGGGAAGGGUCCUUUAAACUGGAAGACAGACACUGGACUGGAGAAAACACAUAUAGCGGUUCACUGGAAAGUUAGUUUGCACUUGAGCUCCGAUUUUAUUUGAACUGUUUUCUGGAUUUUGAAUGAAGCAAUAUGGAAGUGACCAGCAAAAUACAAAACAAUAAUUUUAAAUUAAAAAAAAAAUUAUAUGUAAAGGAUGACUGUGGAAAUGCCAAAAUGAAGCAAAUUAAGUCUUUGGAACAAUGUCUACAAGUUCUGAGAGGUCAGUGCAUUGACUGCUUCAGAGAAUACAGUGACAGAGCAACCAACUCUUACUACUGCCAUGUGAAGGACAGCAGAGCAUGCCCUGAAAGGGAUUGGAGACAAAUGUCUUGCUCUGGCUUGCAGCACAGUAUGGAAUGUUUUCUUCUAAAAGGAGGAUUACUCUGGCACAGAAGAUGGUGCAUAUGAGGUUUGAGAAGUCAAAAUGUGCAUGACUCGCAGAGGUUUCCUUCAAAAAUGUAAGUAAAUAUCAGUCAGUCUCCUUGCAUUUAGUUCUGCUUUCAUCAACCUCAAUUUUUAGGUAGACACCCCACCCCCCAGCCUGCUCCUCUUUGGAAAUACCUUUCAGCGAGAGUUCUGGACGUUUUUAGCAACCGGAGGCAGAUGGAGCUGGGAAGGGAGGCGGAAGGGCCAGAAACACUGACGGCUUGCUUCUGACAUGACAAGACCAAUGUGUGUAAGAGCAUUUGCAUACCUGGUUCCCACCAAAAAAUCUUAAGGAGCUGUUCAGUACCUUUGAAGCUCUGCCUGUGCCUGUAUCCAUCAGGCUUUUAAAGGGGAAGGAACGAUCCCCAGUGGAUGGCCGCCUUAGGUGAUACAACAGUAUUUCAGUUUAUGCACUUCAGUACUGUUAAAGUCGAGAUCUUUGGGGUGACCGAAGCUGGGAGCAAAACCAGCAGCAACCAGUGGUCUGGAAAUGACGUCAACCUCCUCCCAGUUCCUACCAUCUCAACAGCUUGCCGCCUUGGAUCGUAGGGAAGCAGAGGAAGGAGUAAGGAAUAAGUAAUAGUCACCCAGAUCUUGGUGGCUGAGGGUCAGCUUGACAAAGGUAUGAAGAGAUCUGAAACCUGGGUGGGCUGUUAUGCUUGUAGAUGGGAAACAAACUGUCUAUGAUCACUUUCUGCAUCAGGUGUGUUCAGGGCAGCUUGAACCAGCUGCAGGGCGGAUAUUAAACCUGUGAACUGAGUACGUAGCUGAAGAGUCUGAAAACAGCAAGAACAAGUACAGAUCUUUGAAGCUAUUAAAAAGAGAUGUUGGGUCAGGUGAUGCUAUGGUGGUUUGUGGUGGCAGAACAAAAUGAUCAGCAGACCACAGAAGUGGGAUAGAUGGUUACAAAAACAUCAUGCAUCUGAGAGGCCUUACCUCCUCCUGGUGCCCUCCCAUAACUCCUCAUGAUCUUGGCAGGAGACAGAGGCCAGCAUUGUGCAGGGGCUGGGGGCGCAGAGUGGUGGCCACAGGUCCUGGAGCCACUGCUCCAAGGAAGGUUUGCCAGUGGUAGCGCUUGCAGGGUGUCAUCUGAAGCACAGGCCGAGGUCUGCCAGGUUGGGGCAUGAUUGCCAAGCUGCCCGGGGACAAAGACCGGCACAGAAUUGUGGAUGUUGUGUUUCAGUGCAAAAGCAGCUCGGUUACAUAGUUAGGUGGAGAAGAGGGUUGAUUUGUCCCUGAACAAGUCUUGUAACAGAGUAACUCCUGAUGGAGAAAAAAAAAAAAAUCCUGGUACAGUUUAUGUGUUUGAGUUCAAAGAGGCGCACUCAAAGGCUGCUGGGGCAGAAGCACGCACACCGCCAAACCGAUGUGGGAUGGUGCUGGGAUGUAGCUGCUAAAGGAAGGUGAGGCCUGUUUGUUUCUCUGGUAAUUAAGUAGCACCGGUGUUGGAAACAAGCCCAUCGAAUAAUCCAAAUGUAAAUAAUUGUGGUUUUUAACAAUUUAACAUUUUAUUUCUUACAAUACUUGAAUUAUUUAUUCAUUUUAAUUGUUGACUGUGGGUGUGGUAUAUUAAGUAGCAGGGAAGUGCAGAGGUUCCUUGAAGUGAGGCAGCAUGAAGGCCACAACGGGAGCUACCUUAUGUUGGGGCCCUGACACGGCAGCCAUGCUGAGCUGUGCCAGCUGUGUCUUGAAUAGCAGAGGGCAAACAAAGGGUUAAUGAACACGGUGUUUUGUGAUGAUGGAAAACUCAACAGACUGCAGCUUCACAAAUGGGCUUUUUUGUUUUAUUUUCUGAGCUUCUGGUUUGAAGUGCAGUUGCCCAAAAUGGCCCUCGCGUUUCCCACUGUGCCAGUGACCUUUGCUGCAGCGCGUGGGCCUGUGUGGUGCCGAGCGUCCCGUUAGCCAGUUCCUUUUCCACAGUAAGAACAGCAGUCCUCUGAGCACGGCCUGGAAGUGUGAACGUUCCCCCGGAACAGUAGUGCCGCUGAGCUACCUUGGCAGGUUUCUGUCUCUUUGCCAAAUAAAGUUUAACCAUGGUUAAAAAAGCAAAACUGGGAGCAGACCUGUUUGGCUGCUUUAAUCUGAUCAGCAGAAAUACCUGGCUGGCCCUAACUCACAAAUUUGCCUUUGCAGGUACAGCUGCUGGCUUGUGGGUAGGAGUCAGGCAAACACACGUGGCAAAAUCAUGGCAGAUACUGAACCGAUUAUGUGAAAGAGGAGGGUCAGGUUUUUUAAUAAAUAAUUACUAGUUUGGGGAAAAGCAGAUAUUUCUACACACAAGCUGCAUUUCGUCAGCACAAAGCAGUGGGUGAGAGCAUCAGCACAAGUAUUUUGACUGGCUGUAAUUAAUUCUCUAGUUCUACGAUGGGAUGUGUGCGCAGCACUGUAGGUUUUUAUGGUUUUUAUAAUGCGGUCUCCCAUUUGUAAAUGUUUUCCUUCCCCUUAUCAUAGCCCGCGUGACAGAAGAGCAGCGACUGACUUUUCAAGAGCAGAUACCCAAGUGUGUAUCAGCCGUUGUCCAAGGCACAGAGCAAAAGCGCUAAAUGAAAGAGAAUAACAGCUUAUUUUUUUCCUAAUCUCUUUCAGUGAUACUUGUCUUAGAUGUUAUUAUCUACCUGAGGGGUAUUUCAAACAAACGUAGAUGCGGGAUCUGAUUGACUUGCUGUAAUGUAAUUGUCUGAAACCAACUAUUUCUGAGUUUCCUUCUUCAGCUCUUUUCAAAUUUUUCUUUUUCUGCAAAAUAGCCAGGAGGGAUUCUUACAUGACCUUUGCUCAGAUGUGGCAGUGUAUUUACAACUUGCUUUCAAACAGGUCAUCUCUCACAGGUAGCAAGCAACAGAAAUAAAUCUGAGCGAGCAUCAGCAGUAGGAGCCACCGUGCGGGUCUGCUUCGGGUACCUUAAGAUCAGUCCAGAAAUCCUUUCCUCUGCCCAGAGAAAGGUUGCGUUAGCCCUGGUUGUAUCGCUUAUUUGAUUGGAAAUGCAUUUCCUGCUGCAGGAGUUGUAUGCAAUGAUCUCAUUCCAUUUAUUCCCUUGAUUAAAUGGGAAAUCCCUUUCCCGUCCUGCCCCACAGCUGGUAAGCCCGGAGGCUGUGAGUGAAGGGCACCUGUGUAGAAGCGGUGCUGGGGCUGGGCAGCCUGCAGGCAUGCCACUGAUCCCACACCUGUUUGCACUGAAGAUUUGAAAGGGAGCCAGAGGGGAGCCUUUCCCCCCACCCUCAGCUGCCACCAAUCCCAGCCUAGAAGCAAAGAAAACAGCGACUCUGAAAGACCCUGACUCUCUAUGGAUCAGUUCUUUCUAUAGUUAUAGGUGGUGGUAGGGCUGAGCAGCUUUAGCUGCAGGUAAGUCAGCCCAGAGGUAUAGCUUGGGGCGGGGGGGAGGUUUGAGGAUAGGCCUAUAUGGGAAACUCAGAUAUUAAAGAAAAAAAAUUUUUUUUUUUUUUUUUUUUCUGAUGAGGUGUCAGUGCAGGUGUCCUGCAGCAUGGUGGCAGCUAAAGGAAUGAAGGGAUUAUUUGGGCUCCUUUAUACCACCCGGGAGAUGAGGAGACUUUGGCACAGGACAGAAUUAGGCAGUUGGUCAUGUAGUUCCCCAGGAUAACUGGGGGCAUCCCAGUCAGCCUUGCCUCCCCUGGUAGCCCUGUGCAGGUAUCUCUUUAUGGAAAGGGUAGCAGCCACUGCAGUGCCCAUGUGCACGGACACCCGGACACUCGCACCCUCUGUCUGCCGACCCAUUUAGGGGGAGGGAAUGGGAGUAAUGGAAAAGCGCCAGGGACUGACAGCUCGCUUACUUGUUGGGAUGGAUUUGUCCCUCGCUUUGCACAACUGGAAUGUUGGGGCUUUCACCCUGAUUUCCCACUCACGGUUUGGAGCUAUUGAGCUCAGGUAGGGAUUUACCUGCUUUGAAGGCUCUUUAGCUUAAGGGAGACUGGCGGAACAGAGGUCUUAGCAUGAACCAGAGCCAGGUCUCCAGUUAUCCAUCACCUCUUUGGCUCUUAGAGAGCACCUCAAAGGGGACAGUACCACCUCGAGUUCCCUUCGGCAAAUAUUUUUCACAAGGUGGUGUUAUUCAUAGUUAUAUGAAGACCGUGCACCCCUUCAUUUUUAGCUCUGUCACUUGCAAUAUUCUCAUUCCCGUGGAGCUUAGACCUCUGCUGCUGACAAACCAGCUCAUCUAUUGUUCUAUAAAACCUUGGGUUUGGGUUCAAACUUUUAUAUUAGAAAGCCAAGGCUAUGUGGAGUGAGGUCGGUUGGCUGCAAUAUUGAUGCUCCACCACGUGCAAGGAGCCAUGGUCAUCCCACAGGGCAGCCUCUGUGCAGCCUCGCUGUGUUUGCAAGAUCCCGUCUCUUUUUUAAAUUUUCUGGCUCUUCCUAAGCGUUACACAGGUAGAAAACGUCACUGUUAUAAAUGGGGCUCUUGAACUGGGAAUAAAUAACAGAAAUAAAGCUCUGUGGCUACAAGCACCACUCUAAAAUGUCCAGAAGUCACAUGCCUCCACCUUUGUUUUAAUUUUAUUUCAGCACAAGGUCAUAUUCCUGUACCAUUGUGUGGAUGAGUACGUCGUUAUGCUGGUAGGCUCAUGGCUCUUGGGGAAGUUACUGACAGGCAAGGCUGCCGUCAGUGGUACCGCAGCGAUGGCUGGGACCUGCCUGCAGGUCUGGGGGAUGCAGAGCACCUUUCAGGGAAACUUGAGGUGUUCAGGUCUGACUGGUGGUGGUGGGACUCACUAGGACUUGCCUGGCCUCCAGCCAAGCACACCUCCUAACCAGAGCCAGACCGAAAGGGGUGCUUCCAGCCAAGGCAUCCUCCAGUUGGGGCCUGUGCCGACAAGCCAGGAAAAGGUCUGAGGGGGACCCUAAGGACGCUAUCGCGAUUAGGAAACUAGAGGUCUCAGAGCUGGGGUUUUUCUUUUCCUUUUGUAUUAUUUAAUUUUGAGAGAGAGCUUUGUGGACCUUGGAAGAGAGGAGUUUUAAGGGGAGAUUGGUAAGGUGUUAUACAGUGUGAGUAAUUAUGUCCCAGUUCUUCUCCCCUCCCCAAUAAAAAAAAAGCCAUGAAAUCGUGCUCCAGGCAUGUUGUGGAUGAAACUGCCAGGGCAAAGGUUCAUCCCACACAGCACCCCCUCGCUGAUGGCUCUGGUGUGACCAGGGCGCACCCGCACAUCGAGCCAUCAGCCCUCGCUGCUGUGCGCCGGCUGUGAGCUCCGUGUGCCAGCGGUUUGGUCCCUGUGGCGCCGCCGACCCUGUGCCCGGCCCAACCUUUGAGCCCUCUUAGGGAGAAAACACUGUAUUGUCCAUAGCACUCCGAAGACUAAACCCUUUUGGGAUAACCACAGUAAUAAACUGUGAAUGGUAUUUUAUAAGUAAGUGUAGAUAUGUAUGCCGUUCUUUUGAGGUAAGGUAACUAUGACAUAUGUAGCAUAAACUGGUACUGCUGUUAAAUGGGUCGAUUAUUAACUGAGCAGCUGUGUAAGGGGUAGCUAACUUUGAAUGCACUAAACCACCGUUCCUUUGAAGACGGGGACUGAAAGUAGUUGUGGGUACUUGCCUUGUAAUGGUGGGGUGUGUUAAAAGGAGAACGCAGGUCAGUGAAAAGAUAAUUUUUUAUAGCAUUUUGAUGUUGAAAAUUGGUACAUAUUCGAUACAUUACUCACUAUGGUUUUAACCCUUCUUUUUGCCCAGUAUUUGCAAUUUCCCCAAUAUUGUAAGCUGGAACUUCUGAAGAGCUAGCAGCCCUGGUGAAGGGAGGGGAAAUUGAGGGGAAAAAGCAGUCUCUCUCCGAAAACGGAGAUAUCUAAAAUGUAUCAUCUCCUGACCUGGCGGUCUUGAACUAUUGACUUUUUCUUUUCUGAUGAGGCUCAAAGUCGCAGGCCCGGAGGAUGACAUUACUGUCCCCUCAAAAUCAAAGGCCAAGCCCUUCUGGGAGGCAACGUGGGAAUAGCACCGAGCUCCUGCCAGAUGCUCCACUGGCGGUGGCUGCCUCCAUGGGCCGCACUCGCUGCAGCCAGCCUGUCCCAGAGGAGCCAGCCCGGACACCUACCGGGAGGUGGGUGAGAGGCUGCGGUGGGGCCCUCUGGGUUUUAGCCAAUCUCCAUGUUCUCAAAGCGCAAAGAGACAAAACAACAAUAUUUCUGCCUUAUGAAGUACCUUCAGAAGAAGAGAAGCAUCAGCAUGUUGGGGAAGACACUCAUUUCUUGCAGUGAUGCAUUCAGAGUUAGCUGCCUUUCUGAAACAAAAAUUAAAAAACAAACAAACAAACAAAAACUACUGUAUGUUACUUUGAAAAUGUGAAUAGUAUUUUUAUAGCUUGUUAAAGACACAGCUAGUUGCAUUUGUAAAUAAGGAUAAUGUUGCUUUUAUUUUCCUUGUGGACACCAUUAUUUGGAACAUAAUUGUCCUUAGGGUUGAUUUGUAUAUAGGUAAUUUGCUUGUGAUUUAAGCCGCUCCUCCCCUUUUCUUUCUCUCCCUUCCCACCCUCUGGUUUUGGUUAGAAGUACCAUUUUGGCAUUCUGUGUGACUCUGUGUUUUAGCACUAUUGUGGUGUGUUCAGACGACUUUCUGCACUUGCUUACACAGUAGGGUAUGCCAAUUGUGUGUGGCGUAAUGUUACUUUAACCUUUCGUUUCUCAUAUUUUAGCUAUUGAGGAUUAUGCACUGUUAAAAUACUUACUGACCUGGGUUAAUAUUAGGUACAUAUUUUAGCAUAAUUUCCCUUCUUUUCAUGGUUUCUUGGUUUUUUUCUUUUUUUUUUUCUUCCCCUUUCCCUCCCCUUUUGUCAUGUUUGGAGGCUGGGGAGAAACCUGUGGAUCUUCUCUUUGUGUGGUUAUAUUUUCCCCUCCCCGUGUGCAGUCCCGAGUUUCUCCUCAUGGUCCUUGGGGUAGAGCUUUAUCUGUUUGUAGGGCAAAUGUAGACUGCGACCCACCUUGCAUCAACCCACGCUCAUCCCAGCUGAACAAUUUGAAAACUGUUCUGCCUUUUUGUUACAUGAAUCUGUCAGAAAUAUAUUUUUAAUUUAAUAUAAAUGAAAUUCAAUAAAAUAUGAAACAAAGUCCCUCUGUAUGUGUGAAAUUUCUUGCCAAGGCUUGAGAGCUUCCAGCAACAGGGACUCCCCGUGUCCCGGCAGAGUGAGU